GAAACGACAUCGGAACUUGUUGGUUCUUCACGUUGUUCGACAAUUCUCGAUGGCUCGGUCCAGUGUCACAGAUGUAAUAGAGUUUUCCACCACCACAAUCCGGCACUGAUGCAUCUGCCAUGCCUCGCGAGGCACGCGGCGUGCGGCGAGUCUCUCUCGGCCCCGGCUUGGGCUUGUGCUUGAGCUUGUGCUUGGAUCAGAUGAAUCCAACCUUUCAUUACGGUAACAUGGACUUUCAUGAGGCACGAUUAAUUGCACAAAGAGGGUCUAAGGCUUUGGAUCGUCAACAUGUGAUCUAUGCUUUCAUGCUGAGACCGUGGCUGCCAAGUCUUUCUCGCCGCAGAAGGCCGUCGCGGCACUGGGCUUGAAACAUCGCCAGGGUCAUGGAUGAAUGAAUGCGAGAUGACGAUGGCGACAGGGGUGAUCGAUCUUGGCGGUGACAAAGACAGCAAGAAGCAGUACCGAUGAUCAUGAUAGCAGAGAGACGUUGAGGUAGAAGGACAGGCAGUCGCAGCAGUAGCAGUGAGGCCAUGCUACAGUGAUGAACCACGAUCUGAAUUACCGGAAGUCAAAUCCAGUCGCCGCCGCCGGAAGGACAGGUUCACUGCGGCGGGCCCACGGCCCUGCUCUACGGUCACUUCUCUCUGAUGACAUUCGGCUCUUCGCCACCACCAGCACAGGGAUAAUAUGCCAGGCCGUACUAAUGGGACCGAGAGAGCCCCAUGCUCACUGUGGCGCAUACAUAACAUCGAAAUGAACGAGCACGGAUUGAGUAGAAUGCCA